AUGCCCUAUUGGAAGUUUCAGAUCCUUCACCGCCACCUUCGCCCUUUUGACUACGCCAAGAUCGAUGAGACCGGGCCUCUCCCGAAGGUAUUCCAAGCCUGUGAUGAGUGGUCUGAUCAUAUACAAGCUGUGUCAGCGGAGAUCUUCAUCCCGGGCUCUCAUCUCGCUGUAGAUGAGUGUAUGAUCCGCUUCACGGGCAGGUCUAAUGAGACAACAGUCGUCAAAGGCAAGCCUAUUCCUCGAGGCUUCAAGAUCUGGGUUAUCGCACAGCACGGCUUCUUUUUCCGCUGGUUCUGGCAUAUCACGGGCGCACAAUACGGCGCCGUUGGUGUUGAGCUUCCUCCCGUAAAGCGCCGCUGCACCCGCCGCACGCAAGGAUCGCAGGAGACACAGGGAGGCUCCUCAGACGAGCCUAUCGCCUUGAACUCGACCCAAAGCGUCGUCGUGGCCCUAGCAAAUACACUGCCAAAAGCGACAUAUCACGUCUUCGUCGAUAACCUCUUCUCGUCGUCAGAUCUCUUCCGCAGCCUCCGCAUGCAUGGCCACGGAGCCACAGGCACGGCUCGACCUAACAGCGGCAUCCACGAGGAGCUUGUUCACGAUCUCCGGGGCGAUAAAAGACUCAACACUAGCUACGACUUCAACCAGAUCAAGAUGAUCCCCACGCCUGACAACAAGGUUAACCAAAUCGCUUGGAAGGAUAACCACCUCGUCCUCUUCUUCACGACUGUUUUUUCCGGCGAGGAACGCGUUGAACGCCGCAGAAAGAAACCCACCUCCAAGAAGCCCGAGGCACGGCAGAUCCGCCGCUUCUUCGGUGAUGAAGCCGUCAAGGAUAUCCUCAUUCCCACAGUCGCCGCUGACUAUAAUGAUGAAAUGAACCACGUUGAUCGGGGCGAUCAGUUAAGGUCAUAUUCCAUGUCAGAAUCUACAGAGUCCAAGUCUAGAGGCCCCCUCGGCCGCGUCGUCGUCAUCGGCGGCAACGGCUUCCUCGGCCACCACAUCGUCAACCAGGCCAUUGAGUCGUGGACCACCACCGCCGUCUUCGGCGUCGACCUGCGGUGCGAGCGCAACCGCAAUCCCGCCGCCAAGUACCGCGAGUGCGAUAUCACCGACCCCGAGCGCCUGCUGUCUCUGAUUGAGGAACUCAAGCCCGACGUCGUCAUCCACACGGCGUCCCCCGUCGCCAACAACCCCAAGAUCGGCAACGACAUCUUCAAAAAGGUCAAUGUCGACGGAACACAAUCUGUGGUUGAUGCCUGCGAAAAGGCAGGUGUCAAGGCUCUUGUCUAUACCAGCUCUGCCAGUGUCAUCAGCGACAAUGUCACUGAUCUGCUUAACGCAGAUGAGCGGUGGCCAUUGAUCCGUGGAGAUCAGCAGACCGAGUACUACUCCGAGACCAAGGCUGCUGCUGAAGAGCUCGUCCUCAAGGCGAAUCGCAAGGAUGACUCCAAGCUCCUCACUUGCGCCAUCCGCCCCGCCGGCAUCUUUGGUGAGGGCGACGUCCAGACCCUCGCAGGCAUCCUCAACGUCUACAAGCGCGGCAAGCACAACGUCCAGGUCGGCAACAACGAGAACCUCUUCGACUUCACCUACGUUGGCAACGUCGCCCACUCUCACCUCCUCGCCGCCCAGCUCCUCCUCGUCACCGCCGCCUCCCCCACUGUCCCCCUCGACCACGAGCGCGUCGACGGCGAGGCCUUCUUCAUCACAAAUGACGAGCCCGUCUACUUCUGGGACUUUGCCCGCGCCAUCUGGCACGCCGCCGGCCACGACAAGGGAAAGGAGGGUACCUGGACCCUGCCGCGCGAGUUGGGCAUCGGCCUCGGCUUCAUCAGCGAGGUGUUUGGCAGCAUCCUGGGCAAGACCCCGACUCUCACCCGCAAGGCCAUCAUUAUGAGCUCUAUGACCCGCUACUACAACAUCACCAAGGCCAAACGUGUCCUGCGCUACAAGCCCCUGUGGACGUUGCAGGAGGGCAUCAACCGUGGUGUGGAGUGGUUCGCUGAGCAGGACAGACAGCAGGCUGCUGCUGCCAAGGCAUGA